AAUUAAUUUGGUAUUUCUUUUUCGUUUCCAUCGAGCUAGUAUACAUGUCGGCAAGUGCAGGCAGUGUACGAGUGCAUUGAAAUUAUAAUGUAGAGGAUUUUCUUACUUAGUUUUGACCAUAAGUGGCGUUAAAAAAUAAGUAUAUACAUAUAUUCAAUAAAAAGUUCGAGAUAAAGAAAUGGGUUCGCCUCAAAUCUCAAAAACGUCUAAAUAUGCAAUAUAAAAUUACAAAUUUGAAUUGUUAGCUGUAUCGUAGGUAACGUGAAACAAAUUUUUAUCUGGUCGGUACUUUUUUUUUUUACAACUGUGCAAAACAAAAAACGUGCAAGUAUGGUAAAAGCUAAAAGUCCCAAGUACCAGUCUAUCGAUAUGGGUAACUAUAAUCCAGUGCAAUAGUUGCUUAUUAAUCAGCUGCGUACAGCGCCAGACUUGAGUGCAAGACACUACGACUAACUGCUACUCUGUACCCACCAAAUAUCAUUAAUAAACCACUCUGUGAUCGAUGCCGCGGACCCAUUUAAUAUUUAAUAGAAGUUUAUGACAGCAACGAUUGUUCGAUUAGCGCCUCGGUCGUAGAAAAUAAUAUUGUCGUUCGAAGAACGUGACCGAGGGCCGUGCUAGGGCCGUCAGCCCGCCGAAUUAUCGGCGUUAUCGUUUUGAUAAAUGUUAUUAUCAACUAAACGUAUUAUCACUUACGGUGUGCCGGUAUUUCAUCAGUGCCUGUUAAGACGUACCAAAGGCUGUCGAAUCGUAGUGACAUUUCCCAAUUUUGGCAAUAUUAGUUCAAAUUCGUUUUGUUCCGUGUUUGAAAUCUGUUGUGGCCGUCUACUACUGACCACCAUGUUGGUUUUUUGACACGUUUUCGUGUUGUUGUCAAUGGUCCGGCUAACGGUGUGCUACUACUGUUGGCUAUGUAGUACCUAUCUCGUUAAAUAUUUUUAAAAAGAAAAUAUUACGUGUUUUUCUUUUGUUUAUUAGUAGCGUAAAGAUUGAAUUUAAAAUCUAAUAUCGACAAAACCAUAUGAAAUAUUUUAACAACUUAUUCAAGAACAUCUAUUGCAUAAAAAGAAAUAUGUCUUCUUUUAAAUUAUGUUUAUGGGAAAAUUCAAUGUUUGUGAACUGCUUGAUACCGACGGGUGAGACCGAACUAAAAAUGGUGGUAACUCUAUUAUCUCCUUUUAAUAAAUCUAAAAAAAUAAACUUGUGUCGAGAUCCAGAAGAUACAAUAAACAUAUUUAUUGAAAGGCUUUCUAUAAAAUUAUUACAAACUCAACGCAAAGUUAGUAAUCAUGAUAAGGUUACGAAAAAUUGUGUACAAUUAAAAGUGAAUGGAAUCAAAGUACCAUGUACUUCAAAAUGCUAUGAAUUAUUUGAAGAAAUAAAAGAAAAUAUUACUCUUCAAAUUAAAGAUCAUACAUAUAAAGUAAUAGUUAAUGCACCAAUAGUAAACGAAUUUAAAUUGGGAGUUCCUCCAUAUCAAGGACUGAUGAUGUAUCCCUUUGCAUUUGAGCAGGGAUAUAAUGUAUCUAUUAAGGACUCUAAGUUUUUAUGGUACAGAAUUAGUUCAAAAAAAGAAGUCGAAGUGGGCAAUAAUAUGACUUAUAUACCUACUGCCGAGGAUGUUAAUUGUCGUCUUAAAUUGUUGUGUAUUCCUGUUAAUUACGAAGGCCAAUCUGGACCUACAGCAGAAAUAAUAUCUUCAGAAGUCUUAGAAAAUACUAUUAAAAUCUUUCCAUUUGAAAAGAGAUUAAAGACUAAGCCAUAUAAUAGUAUUAGAGUUGUAUCAUACAAUAUACUAGCUGGAGAAUAUACAAAAACUAAGGAAGCAAAAAAUGAAAUGUAUCCAUAUUGUCCAACAGAAAUUUUAGCAUCCAGUUAUCGGAACCCUCUUAUAAUGAGAGAACUUAAAGCGUACAAAGGAGAUAUAAUUUGUUUGCAAGAAGUGGAUAAAUUAUUUUUCCAUAGAGAGUUAUGCCCUAUAUUAAAUCAAUCAAAGGACAUGACUGGAGUAUAUUUAAAAAAAAAUGGUUUUAGAAAUGAAGGACUUUGUUGCUUUUAUUCUCCUAAUAAAUUUAAUUUAUUAGAACAAUAUAAUAUUAAUUUGAAUGACUUGACUACUAUGGAAUUGUACUGUGGACCUAUUAUAAAAGAAAUUAUGGAUGAUGAAACAUGGAAACAAGGAUUAGAAAAAAAAACUGUUUUCCAAGUCUUAGUUUUUGAAUUGAUUUCUAACAAAAAACAGAUACUAUUGGUUUGCAACACUCAUUUAAUUUCUGAUCCAGAUGGUGAUUUUAUAAGAUUAUUUCAAGCUUUAAUUGAAAUGAGUAUUAUCAAUAAAAUAAAAAAUAAUAUUAGUAAAGAUUAUCUUGGAUGCAAUGUAUCAGUUAUAUUUUGUGGAGAUUUUAACAGUACACCUGAAAGCGGCGUUUAUGAUUUAGCCACCAGUUUAUCAUUACCAGAAGAACAUAGAAAUGCAAAAAUAUUAAAUGAUUUAAAAAAUAAUCUUGACUUUAAAUUGGAAAGUGCAUAUGAUACUGAUGUUUUGUACAGUAAUUAUACUGAAACUUUUUUUGGUCUUUUAGAUUAUAUAUACUUUACAAAUAAACAUCUUGAGCUUAUCCAGGUAUUACCCAUGCCAUCACAUGAAGAUGUUACUGAAUAUGGUGGAAUUCCAAGCAUAUUAUUUCCUUCGGAUCAUUUAGCUUUAAUUGCAGACUUUAAAAUAAAAUAGUGUAUAUAUUUUAUAAUGAUAUUUUUGUUAUUGUAUUUUUAAAAGAAAUAAAUAAUAUUUACUAUAGUACCUUAAA